ACCCUAUGUGUGCCUAACCGUCGAUUCCAUCAAUUUCGGUUAAUCUAAUCGACCGAUUAACUCAACGGAAUUGACCAAUUAUAUGAAUCAGUUAGCUAAUUGGACAAUGCGAUUGGUCAAUUCCGUUGAGUUAACCGAAAUUGAUGAAAUCGGGGGUAAGACUGAAAAUCGUGUAAGGGUGACUUAGGAACGGAAGAGUGAAGAGUCACGCGUGAAAAAUGUCACGUUUUCAUUGGCCGAGAAGUCACGUGGUCGCUGAAGUUGAGCCAUGAUUCUUUUCAUUUUUCCGUUAUUCGGGAAAAGUUGCAUUAUCGUUACCUAGUUGUUGACCAUGUAUAAAAGUUACUUAGUAUAGGGUAGAGUAGCAUUUGAUUAAUCAUUCAUGAUAAAGAAAUCUUUCCUCUUUUCAUCUCGAUUGGUCAAAUUAAAUAGAAAUUGUGUAACGUUCGAUUUAGGAAAUGGUACAGCAUACAUGAUACUGCUGACUGUACAGUGGAUAGAAAGGUUGCAACAGACUUCUUUUUCGAUGAGUUUCGCAACGCAUCUCGUGUCCAAAGAGGAGAAUAUAUCUCUUGAAAAUAACCGAGGACCAGUACACAAUAGAAUAUAUUAGGAAUAAAAAUAAAUAUUAGAUAUUUGGAAUAAGAAUUAGGAAUUAUUUUUACGCAACGGAAAUGAAAUGAACGGCUAUAUAUGACACAAUUUCUAUAUUUAUAUCUCAAUUUUUGUACAUUAUGUUUAAUUACAUUAUUCCCAAUUCUUAUUCUUAAUAUUUAUUCCUAAUAUUUCCAUUGUGCGCGCAGAGCCUAAGAAACAAAUUUUCCGAUUGAACACGGUAUGCGUUCCGAAACUUAUCCAAAAAAGUAUUGCAACCUUUCUACCAAUACACCUUAGCAGAGAGAAACUUGAGAGCCAUUUUUCAAGGGAUCUUUCGAUGCGCAUUCUGAGAAAGUACGUUGGAUCACACAAAGAACAAUGACCAAAUUUGAUCUUUGUCUAACCUAACGUAGUUUACCUGUAGUUCCUCAGGGAUAUUGAAAAGAUGGUCUCUUGAAAAACGAUCGGGCAAUCGCUCUCAAAUUUCUUUCUGACCAUAAAAGUCGUUUUACAUUAGUUGCUGGUCGAUUGUAACUUUUUGUUGCGACAGCCAAUCAGAAACGUAAUUAACUGGAAUUAGUCAAUUUCUUACUGCUUAAGACCCAGCCUAACAUAGAACGAUCUUAAGACCCGUGUCACAUUACGGAUUAGAAUUGAUUUUGGACUGAAAUUUGAUCAGUCAGAGCAAGUUUAACUAAACUUGAGUUUAGUUGAACUGUUAGAUGCCUGAUACAGGCCUAAGAGAGCUUCUGGUAAAAGGGAGGCGCCAACAAAGUCACGUGACCGUGUACUUUGUUACACCAACCAAUCACAGAGCAGGCCGAUUUGAAUACAAACAUACUAUUGUAUCCAUAUACGCGGGAAUCAUGUCAGCCAAUCACAGAAUAUUAUUGGUCAUGUGACCCUGUGGGCUCCUCCCACUAGAGGCUCUCUGCCAUAGACAACUAUAUAUGAGCUAGACUGCUAACUCGCAUGAAAUAGAUGGCUUCAGUAUACAUACACGUAUAUGCUGAACUGACACGCAUGCGCCUCGUAAUAAAUACGACGGUCACGCCUGAUUGGUCGAUUGUAACGCAUGUGUCCGUAGACGCAAGUAGGCAUCGGCUCACACACAUCCAAUCAGAUAUACGAAUCCCCCCUCCUUUCUAUGCGUGACAUACGAUACAUAUUUCAAUACAAUUUCGGGGGUUCAUUUUUCUACUUAGGCAAAGGAGUCAGCAGUCUAGCUUUAUGGGCUCUAUCACCUGUAUAGGUGUCUGUGGUAUACACACGCACGAGCAGUUUUGGAGGUUAUGUCGCGGCUACGUCCUCGGUGGCUCGAUGCGUCGCGGUGCGCACGGGCGACGACUCUGAGACGGUGAUUCUCCCAGUCGCGUGAGACUCGCGUCGAGACGUCCGCCGAGGACAGUCGGUAAACGGUGGUGGGUGCGCGUCGACAACAGCAAUACGAUAAACCGUUCGGUUAUUCGACGAAGAGGUACUUCGCUCACGAGACAGGUGUAAGUCGUAGAAUAGGGAACUCAAGAGAGGAACUUCACAGUGCCCGUCGAUCUCGUUGUGCAUACCUCCUCCCCCCCUCCCCCGCGCGAAGCUCGGCUCGUCGCGGAGAUAAGCGACUCGAUUAUUCGGUGGCAGAGUGGCGGAGGUUUUUCGCUCUUACACAGGUGUAGUAAGUCUCGGAGAUCGAGACUUCAGGAGAGAAAGAGAGAGAGAGAGGAACCUCGCGAUGCUCAUCGGAAAUCUCGGAAUAUACGCGUGAUUCGCGUGAUUGAGUCGCACAAAUAAACUACUUAAUUGAUCGGUUGCAGGAUUAGAAGAUUAUUCAUGUAUAAUAACAGGUAUGGAUGCUGGCCCUUAAUACAGGCAGUGAUUGCAGCAGGCUUUGAACACCAGCAUCAAGUGCCCUGCCCGAACUGUUCUCUACUCACCUCCUUCGACGAAAAUUCCGAGGGAUACAACAUGAAGUGUAAUCUGUCAACCACUGCACCUUUUUGCGAACAAGUCAACGAGCUCACACGCAUGUUCUCGCAAUGGAACCCCUGCGAGCAGACCGUUGUUAUUUAUGCGCUGCUGCGCUACAUACCCGCGGUACAGGCGAGAUUCCUGGCAGAGGUGGUGCAACACAAGUUGCAUUCUGUAUCGCAGCUGGAUGCGCAAGAGAUACAGGCCAAUAAUACAGCUUUCAUACAACGUUUGAGGAUGGAAUCAACAGAAACUGCGAUCCACGAGUUGCUGUUGCACUUGCCAUUGCUGAAGCCUGGGAAUUUGGAUUGCAAGAAAGCCUAUUUAGAUGUGAUACCGGAAAUAAUAGGCGCCUGCGCGACCAAUACACAAUUUACAUACGAAGCGCAGCAGCUCUUAAGCUACACUCUGAUACAUCCGGCCCUAACCUGUCAUGAUAGACGUUCUUUGCAUCAGUGGCUCAGAUAUCUGGAGGAACGUAUUAAGAAUACACCGACUACGUCCAGUACAGCGAAAGAAUACACGAAUACUAGACUGGCACCCAGCAGGUUGGACAACUUAUGGUCACGGAGGCUGAACGACAUGUUCAAUAUGCAUCUGAGCACAUCGACGUUCGGCUUAACGUCGAUGCCACCACCUCCGCCGCCGCCACCGCCUUCACAGCCACCACAGCCAAUUAGCCGUCAACGUCGUUCGAACAGCUUGACGCCACCGGCAGCGACGUCGCAUCACCACGAGCUCGUGGAUCGCGCCAACAAUGCGGCGAACGCGUCCAGGCAUAAGCCGCGUAGCUUCAGCGUUUCCGGCGACCACGCGAGUAGUCUCAUCGGUUUGGGACCGUUGAGUCCGCAGGGCUCUUGCGCGAGUAGUGGCAGCGAGGGGCGUCUGGAUGACGCUUCAAAUCGUCCUCUAGCGAGCGGUAUGAGAGACGUAGCGGCGUGGCUUAAGACAUUGCGCCUGCAUAAGUACAGCUACUUGUUCACUUCGAUGUCCUACGAGGAUAUGCUGGCGUUGACCGAGGAGAAAUUGGCGACGCAGGGAGUCACGAAGGGCGCCAGGCACAAGUUGGCCAUCUCGAUCGGUAAGCUGAAUCAACGGUACAACACGCUUCAGAAUCUGGAGAAGGAUCUGCAGUCCACCGAUGGGCAAGUCAACUCGUUCACGCAGGGCCCGCCAUUACUCAUCAGCACAAUAGACGAGCUUAAAACGAUUCUCUCCACCCCCAUGAAGCCGAGUCAAGAAGGCGAUCCGCAGGACAUUCCCACUCAGUUCAUAAAAGUACUGGGCAAACUGUUCAACAAAAUAGCCCUCGAGCCGGACGACAAUAUACAGUGCGCCUUCAGCAGCGUCUUGGAGAAGGUGACGAAUCACCAAUGCUUCAGUCCGAGUCAGCAAGACAGGGCGAGACAGUGGCGUAACAAGCUUGGCAAUCCGCGACAAGUCCAAAAGUGGCAGAACUACGGAUACGGUAACCGGAAAUACGGCAAUUCGCAACAGCACAACAGAAAACCGGGCCUGAACUCGAACAACGUUCAUAAUACUCACACCACACACAGCGGCCAUUCGUACAUGGUCAGUCCGCAUAGAAACAGUACGAACUCGCUGUAUUAUCAAGGUAUGAGCCAAGGCUUGGGUCAUAUACGUCCUGCCUCGGUCGAGAAGAGAUCCAGUCUGCAGGAGAAUAGUUUGCAGCAAGUGCAGAAUUCUUUUUACCGUACGAAUAGCGCGCCGCGAGAUCACUUCAUAGGCCCCGAGACUUCCGGCAACGAUUUGGCACAACCGAUUCCGGAUCAAUCGACGGAUGAAUCGAUGGAUCAAUCGACGACAGAGCCGGACAUUAACUCAAGUCUGGCUGCUCUCUGCUUGAGAAUGACCGAGCAAGCCAUCGGUAACGAAACCUAAUAUAAUAAAAAAUACGAUUUACACACGAUUUACGUGUGUAAAAGUCUUCCUUCUUUUUCCUCUAAGAAUUAUUUCUACUUGAAAUCAAUGUCGCACGCAAGUAAGGUGUAAUCUCCUCGCCAUCGUCAUACUUUGUUUUCUUUCUUCUUUCCGUAAACGAUACCGUCUCGUGUAAUUUUGGCAGAAUGUCUUAGACGAUCUUUAUAUAGAGGUCUCCGUAAAAAAAGAUUGUUCAGAUGGUACUUACGGCAAAAUUCUACAUGCCUGAAUGGAAGAAGAAAGACUUUUACGCACGUGUGUAAAUCGUAUUUUUUUAUUAUAUGUGAUGCAAUUGUAUUAUUUAAGUGACAACAUUUGGCAAGCCAAAUGCUACUAGGAAGAUAGAUUCUUUCCUCGACUUCUCUCGCAACAUCUAUAUAAAAUAUAUAAGAGGAAAUAUAUAUACAUGCAUGUGUGUACAUCUUUAGUGAACAGGGGAAACACUUGCAAUUUGAUGAAGAAGUAAAGAUCAUUUAGGAGAAUACUACAGAAAGAAACAGAAAGGGAAACACAAGAUGUAAUAACGUUCGCAAUAUUGUUUUUCGUGUUAUCCAUUUUUUUCGUAAAAUGGAAUUUUGCCUGUUUUAAAAAUACGAGACACCUAGUUAAAGUAAUUAAUUUAUUUUAAUGAAUAGACUGAUUUUACUUCUUUUUAACAUCUAACGGUAUACUAUUAUUAUUUGUACUCUUAUUAUUAUUAUUAUAUUGGUAUAUUAGUAUAAUUCAUAUUUUUUAUUGUUAUUACUUUCAACACAUCAUUCUUGCUAAUACUACUCUACUAUUGCUCCUAUUACUAUUACUCUAUCGCUACUACUAUUCUACCAUCACUAUUGAUACUAUAAUCGCUAUUCUCACUACUAUCAUCACAUUAUUAUCGCUCUCACCACUAUUGUUACUAUCGCUAUUACUAUUACUGUACUGUUAAAACUCCAUGUAGAGGAUGAGCAUACUUCUUGCUACCGUGUCGUAUGAGUUAAUCCGUGUACCUUUAUCGAAACUUCAAUCUCAAUUUAAACCGGACAAGAGCACGUGUACGUGACGGUAUGUAUGCUUCGUAGUUGGCACACAGAUCUCGCGAUUUCCCAUUUAUUUGGCGCAUUUUACAACGCGUUUUUUCUUCCUUUUUUUUUGGUUAUUUUUUUUGUCCAUCGUUUUCUUUCCUUUUCCAAAUACAAUGGUAGGCUACUGUAAACGCGAGUAAAUAACUUAAUAAACGGAUAAUAAGGGCCUUAUGGAGAGAAACAAGCGAAAACGCGCGUGAAAAGAGAGCUGUAGGAAAUUUAAUGUUAUAAAGUAGCAGCGAAAUUCGCGAGGGGGCGUGGAACGGGAGAGGUGGUGGCAAACUGGCGCUAUAUAACGUGGCGUGACAUCGAAAUCUGUGGCUUUACAUUGUAAGCAUACAUUAAUAUCCGAUCUUUAGCACGUUGAGGUAGCGUUGCGAGUAAUGUAGCAUAAUAUUUUUUUGUGCAAGAAGAUUGACUAUUAAACGCAUAAUAUUAGGAGCUAUAUAUAUAUAUAUAUAUAUAUAUAUAUUUAGUGAACAUGUUAUGUUUUCCUUUUUGUUUUUUCCCGUAGUAUCCUUCUAAAUGAUCUUUACUUCUUCAUCCAAUUGUCUGCAUGUGUUUCCUCU